AUGGCGCGAUCACCCUCAGAAGCAACGCGCUUCACAUCAACCGGACCUUACGCCUCCACCUUCACUGGCAAUCCAGGAGCAACAUCAGCUGGCACGCAAAUAGACUUUGGCUCUGCGCCAGCAGGCGAAACAGCACAGCAAAAGAUUGCAAGAUUAAGAGCUGCCGCGGCACUAGCAAAACGAGGGAACGAAAGCUCUUUCGACAAGACUGUGCGAGUAGGGCGAAAAUGGGCAGACAGGGCACACAGAGUUACGGCACUGGGUCUGGUUGGGUUUACGGUCUUGAGCGCGGCGGUUGCAACAGCUGGAAUUACUGAUAUGCUGCUGCAUAAUCGAAGAAGACGGAACGAAUGGCUCGCAGAGAAGCAGGCGGAGAGCGCACGGGAGCUGGCGAUUGCAAAGCAAGCGUUGGACCAAGGAAGAGCAUCGGAAGAUCAAAUGCUGUUGAUCAACAGAGAAAGAGUAGCGGAGGAGGCGGCAGAGGCGAAGAUGAAUAAGCCUGGCAUAAUCAAGCGAACAACGAGUUGGAUGUUCGGUGGACUUUCGCAAGAAGAGCAGAAAGGUGGGAGACUUGGUGCUGCGGCUUCUGGAUCACAAUCGGCAAGCGACGAGGUGAGACAAAUUUCUUCGUCGUUGGCGGACGAGGGCAAGAGCGUUUUGCAAGCUGUGAGCAACAAUGUGGAAUCUCAUCGGAGAGAAGGAGAAGCAGUGCAAGAACUCAUUAAUCCCGCUGGCGGUCCCCUCGAUCGACGGGCUCAAGCAGUUGCAGAUGCUGCUUCAAGAAGCUGGACAAGCUGGAUUACUGGCCGGUAG